AUGACUGAGAGCCAGCCGCUGCUCGAGGAUCCUCUUUGUGAGGAAGACGUAUCGAAGCAUUUACUUGAUUUUGACCCCAAUGGCGAUCCGGAGAACCCAAGAGAAUGGCCGACCGCCUUCAAGUGGACCAUAGUCGGUCUCCUGGCUUGCAUGGCCUUCACUGUGACUUUUACUUGUAUCUCUGUUGUGCCUGUAGCUGCCCACAUCAUCGGUGAUCUCGACCACACUGAUGGCACUAACUCACCAGCGAGCGCUCUGCUCGUCACCAUCUGGGAGUUAGGCGAGGCUGCCGGCCCUCUUCUCAUUGCUCCCCUUUCCGAGAUCUAUGGCCGAGCUCCGGUAUUGAAUGCUGCCAACAUCCUGUUCGUGACGGCCACUGUCCUCGCUGCUCUCAGCACGAGCACGCCGCUCCUCAUCGGCGCCCGUGCCCUGACCGGUCUUGCUGUUGCUACCAACGUUUUGAACCCCGCCAUCAUUGGCGAUAUGUUUGAGGCCGAUCAGCGUGGCUCCGCCAUGAGCAUGGUUUCGCUUGCCCCUCUCGUCGGCGGUGCAGUCGGCCCCAUGAUUAGUGGCGCUAUCGCGCAGACUCUCGGCUGGAGGCGCGUUUUGUGGAUGAGUGCAUGCUUGGCAGCUGCGUGUGAGGUUCUAUUUCUCUUCUGUUUUAAGGAGACUUACAAGAUGACCAUUCUGAGGCGUCGUGCCGCCAAGGCGCAGCAUGAAUCCGGGGCCCCUCUUCAUCCGGCUGGUGUUGAUGACCACAAGAGCAUGUUGCGGCUGUGGGAGUCGAUUAAGCGCCCUGGCGCGGUGCUGACCAAGUCUGUUGUUCUUCUCGGGCUGUCGUUCUUUGGCUGCAUUACCUUUGCCUACUUUUAUGUCAUGUCCAUCACUCUUCCCAACAUCCUCCAGGAGGUGUAUGGUUUCUCUCCUGCCAUGACCGGACUGUCCUUCAUGACCUUCAGCGUCGGAUCUUUCAUCAGUGUUCUCGUCAGCAACUUCUUCCUCGACCGCAUUUACAUCAAACUCCGCGGCAACGACCCUGUCGGCCGCCCAGAGUACCGGCUUCCACUAGCCAUCAUUGGUGCCUUCGGUCUACCCAUAACCAUCAUUGCAUACGGCUGGAUCACCCAAUUGCGACUCCCUGUUGGACUGCUCCUUGCGAGCGUUGCCCUGAUGGGUUUCAUGCUUCUUAUUUGCUCCCUGCCUUUGUCAGCUUACGUCGUUGACGCAGCCGGUCUCUAUUCCGCCUCCGCCAUGACCGGUUUCAUUGUUACGAGAUGUUUGGCUGGCACUUUCCUGCCGCUUACCGCGGGACCUCUGAUUGAGUCUUUUGGGUACGGCUGGGCUUUCACGAUGUUGGGCGUUGGUAGCAUCUUUUUAGCUCCUAUUCCCAUCGCUGUUAUGAGAUACGGCCACGUCUGGCGCCAGAAGUCCGAAUACACGAGAGACGCUUAG